AAAAGGGGAGGGGUUUAUUCUUCUUGUAUAACCCCCUGUUCUGGGCCUUUUUGUUUGUGGUUGCCACGGCGUGUCUGUUGGAAUGCUGGUUUUUCUUCUGGGUGUCCGUGAACCUAAACCACAGCUUUCGGGACACCAGUGACACACAGCAGCAACAAAGGACAGUGACAAUAAGGGUUGAGACUGAAGCGAUGAAGUACAAACCGUCUUACCAGUGUGUCUCUUUAACGUGGCUGCUUAUUGGAGAAUGCAGCAUACCAUUCCCUCUCUGUCUUUUCUCUGUAACUCUCUGGGGAAGCAGCAUCAGAUUUCUUAGCAACAUGGUCAACACAGAAGACCAGGAACUGGGAAAUGAGUUCAAGUUUAACAGUGAUAAACAGUGAGCAACAAUAUAGAGCAACAGUACAUGCAUUUAACCUUUUAAAGUGCAUGUAAUGUUUGAAACAAGCUUUCAUUAUAAGUGUUUGUUACAUAUUUAUGUAUUAAUUUAUUUAGCUUUAUUAGUUGUUUUUAAAUCUUUAACUAGUGUGUGACUGAUAUUGAGCCUUGUAUUUCCUAUUUUGUAGGUUUAUACUGUCAUCCUACUGAACAAAUAGAUUAAAUAUAUAGUUUAAGAAUAAGUCCUUUAUUCUUAUUUUUCAUGGUCAUGUAGUCUGUUUAUUUUUCUGUUAUGAACGGCUCUGCCCUCUACCUUGCAGUAGAGAUUAGACCACUGCUUCCUGUUAGUUGGCGCUUUGCAUAUAUUUGCAAUGAGUGCAGAAGGACUCACCUGUGGUUAUCUGUGGCCACGCCCUUGGGGCAGGUGUGUGUCUGCCCUGUAUUGUUUCCAUGGUGUCCUGUGGGAGCUACCAUUCAAUACAGGAGAAGAGGGGGGAUCAGUCAGACCCAAAAGGACAUAAAAGAGGAUUGUGGUGGAAUCCCGGGGAUUUGCUACUACAUUUGAGGCAUAUAAUCAUAUGUAAUCCUUUACCAGUUUAUGAAAUGAUUAACUUGAGUGAAAGUCCUCUCUUAAGUGAUGUGUUUGUGGAUUACUUUUUUGUGACCCCCCCCGCCUCCCUCGUGCCUGUGUUGUCUUGGUGCUGGAGCAGGAGCAGGGCACACGGGCACUGUUCACUGUGAGGGCGUGUUUAGGAAGGUUGGCUGUGGGAGCUGGACAGUGGCUCAGACAUGGCUAUGGAGCUCAGGCUGUCUGGGUCGGUGUAGACUGUCACCCUUUGGAACAUGUCAGAGCUCGAUCCAGAGGAGGAGAGAGGAGAGUACUGCUAUUCCCCUGAGCCCACUGAUGGGCCACUUCUGUUGGAGGAAGAUGAAAAUGAGGAGGAGGAGGAGGAGUACGAUGCUGAUGAUGAUGUUAGUAAGGAAGAGUUUCCCCUGGAGGAAGUUCUAUGUGCUGAAAGAGUGGGCCAGAUGACUAAGACUUACAAUGACAUAGAUGCUGUGACACGUCUGCUGGAAGAAAAAGAGCGGGACUUGGAGCUGGCUGCCCGAAUUGGCCAAUCGCUGCUGAAGAAAAACAAAACCCUGUGUGAGAGAAAUGAGUUCCUGGAGGAGCAGGUGGAGCACAUUCGGGAAGAGGUGUCUCAGCUGCGGCAUGAGCUGUCUAUGAAGGAUGAGCUGCUUCAGUUCUAUACCAGUGCAGCUGAGGAGAGUGAAGGGGAGUCUACCACCUCCACCCCGAUCCCGCGUAAUGAGUCCACGUCCUCCCUACCGAGUUAUUUUCCCCUGGACUCUCUGCAGAAGAAACUCAAAGACUUGGAGGAGGAGAAUACUGUCCUCAGAUCCGAGGCCUGUCAUCUGGAGACAGAGACCAUCUCAUAUGAAGAGAAGGAGCAGCAGUUGGUGAACGACUGUGUCAAAGAACUCCGAGAUGCCAACCUGCAGAUCUCGUCCAUCGCCGAAGAGCUGGCGAAGAAGACGGAGGAUGCUUCCCGCCAGCAGGAGGAGAUCACCCACCUGCUGUCCCAGAUCGUGGACCUGCAGAAGAAGUCCAAAUCUUAUGCAGUGGAAAACGAGGAGCUCACUCAGCACCUGGGAGCUGCUAAAGAUGCACAGCGGCAACUCACAGCAGAGCUGAGGGAGCUGGAGGAGAAGUAUGCUGAGUGCAUGGAGAUGCUCCACGAAGCGCAGGAGGAGCUGAAGAACCUUCGCAAUAAAACACUGCCACUGAGCACGCCCAGACGCUUCCACUCGCUCGGCGUCUUCCCCAUGGACUCGUUAGCUGCAGAAAUCGAGGGUACAAUGAGGAAGGAGCUGCAGAUGGAUGACCCAGAAGUGGAAGAACAGAAAAUGCAUCACAGGCGAGUUUUCGAGGCGGUGAAGAACAUCAACCAGACGGUCAGGCAGCGAUCCCUCGGCCCCUCCCCCAUGAACAUCCCGGGAUCCAAUCAGUCGUCCUUGCUCAACUCCGCCCGCUCCAGCUGCAUCAGCACACCCCGCUCCAGCAUGUACGGCAGUGACGUCGUCAAUGACAACCGUGCCAACAGCAUCAUUCUGGAGAAUGAGUCUCCAGAGGGAAGCGUGGACGACUCCAACAAGAAGCCGGGCACGCCGGGGACGCCGGGCUCGCAGGACCUGGAGACGGCGCUGCGGCGGCUCUCGCUGCGGCGGGAGAACUACCUGAGCGAGCGGCGCUUCUUCGAGGAGGACCGCGAGCGCAAGCUGCGCGACCUGGCCGAGCACGGCGGGCUGUACAGCGGGAGCCUCACCCCCACCGAGAGCAUCAUGUCCCUGGGCACCCACCUGUCGGGCCUCUCCAGCCUGUCGGGCAUCUCGCUGCACAGCCGCUCCUACCUGCCCGAGAAGCUGCAGAUCGUCAAGCCGCUGGAAGGCUCGGCCACUCUGCACCACUGGCAGCAGCUGGCUCAGCCAAACCUGGGGGGGAUCCUGGACUCGCGGCCGGGCGUGGUCACCAAAGGCUUCCGGCCUCUGGAGCUGGACCUGGAGGAGGUCUACCAGUUCACCGACUUUGAGGAGGAUGAGUCAGGUGACCUUUCGUUCCCGAGCCUUUCUACCUCAGCCCCCGCCCCCCCACGGUGCCGCAGCCGCGCCUCCUCUCCCUCCUCUUCCUCCAGCUGCGUCAACAACAACAACAACCCCCCCGAAGCAUCCAAGAGCGGCCCCCCGCCCGACGCCCUGGAGGAGCCGCGCCUCGGCGCUGAGGAGCUGUCCGUGCAUUACCCCGGUAAAUGUAUGUCUCACACCAGCUCUACCUACACCUUCACCACCUGCCGUAUCCUUCACCCGUCGGAUGAGCUGACUCGGGUCACACCCAGCCUUGCCUCCGGCCCAACGGCGUCCUGCAUCAUGUCCAGCAGCCUCAAGUCCACCCCAGUGUCCACGCCCCGCCGCCUCAGCCUGGCCGAGUCCUUCACCAACCUGCGCGACUCCACCAAGACCAUGAGCACCUCCCUGGGGCUGGUGCGCCUCCUGCAGGAGCGGGGGAUCUCUGCGGCCGUCUACAACCCGCAGAGCUGGGACCGGGCUGACGCCCCCGACGCUUCCCCUGCCGCCCCCGCCGCCCCCCGGGGGCCCGACACCCUGCCCUCCACCCCACCCAACUCGCCCACUGGCCAGUCCCAGGCCACGCCCUCCCCCGCGGCCUCCGCCCCCUUCCAGUUCGGCAGCUCCUCCUCCCCCUACGACAACUUCCUGGCCUCGCGGCCGGCCAGCUCCAUCCUGCGGGAGGUGCAGGAGGAGGCCCGGGGCCAGGCGGACUGCGAGAGCCAGACCGACGUCAGUGUUCACAACCUUCGGCUGGUGGACAAGCUCAAGCGCUUCGGCGUGGCGCAGACAGAGGAGGCGGGGCCCGGGGCCGUGGGCCACGCCCCUUUGCUGGGGCCGCUCAGCGGACUGCGCCGGCCCCGCCCUCUCUUCGGACACCCUGCGGUGACCAGCACCAUCGGAGGGCUCCCCGCCCUGAAUGCCGGAAUUCGCCGGAACCGCAGCUACCCAGCCAUGGUGGGGGCCAGUAUGGUAAUGAAGGGCCCUGGGCCCCCGAGUUCUGACACGGCCCUGCAACCCAAGCUCCCCAAACAGACUAGCCUCAAAUGAGGGGUACGUGUGGCCCUUCUGUGUCGGCUCCUAACUCUGUACACGUCCGCUGCUUCAGUGAUGAAUCGGCUCUGUGCCUCAAAGACAUUCUUUUGGUAUAACCCCCUCCCCCCUCCCUCCUCCCACACACACUAAACCCUUCUGCACACAGUAUGUACUGUUCAGCGCCCUUAUGCAUUCUGAGGUCUUUCUGGUCUUGCUGUAAAUUGUCCAGAGAUGGAUUCCUGUUGACUAUCCUCCUCUCUGGGGGUCUCCGUUGUACGCCCUGUGUAAAGCACUUUUAUUCCCAGGCUCAGCCGUGUGGAGAAGCAGUCUGCGUCUGGCCCAUUUCUGUAGUGUAGCUCCUCCCUUCUCCCCCUGCCCCUCCGUGUGGCCAUUUCCACUUUGAGCACACGACACAGUGCACUCAGUGUGAUUCAGUGUGAGCACCUUACUGAAUCUCACACUGUGAACUCAGCCCCUGAGGAUUAGUGUGAUGUGUAUUAUGUCCAGUUUGCACAUAUCGGUCCCAUUGAAAAAGUGUUGGGAAUUGCAUAUCAGCUCCUGCCUAUCCUGUUAUGAUGUCACUCACCCAAAGUAACGUCUACAUAAUGAGUGGAAGCGGCCACAUUGGAAUGAAGGGGGUGGAGACGGGACGUUUGCAGUGAAUGAACGAAUGUGGUUUGAACUUGAAAACACAAGCCUAUCUAUUUUUGUGACAGACCAACGUAAAUUUAUGUGUGUAAAUUAUGUUUUAAUGAAAGGCUCAUAAAGAUAUCAAAGACUUGAAUCAUAUUAACUGUUAAGAAUCAAAAAAGGAUAUUUCCAUCCAAGUAUAUUAUACUUGUGAUGGUGACUGUAGAGGCCAUCCGAUAGCCUGUGUGAAAAAUGAAAAUGCAAGUUGCCAAAAGUGUUUGAUGACUGAAUCAUUAGCUUUAAAACCAUUGUGAAUGGUGAAUAUAAUAGCAGGACUGAAGUGAUGUCAUAGUGCCUGAUAGAUUAUUUAAUUCUUAUUGGACUGACUUCUGUGCAGUACAUCAAUCCCAGAAUGCAGUGCACCUUGCAUUGCUUGUUAGUUGUGCUAUGAGGUGACCUUCAAAAUAUUUUAACAUUGGUCUAAAAAAAUCAAAACAUUUCACCUUACAUUUAUGUUUGAAGUAAACAAAUGUAAGCAUAGCGGUGUUUGAAAGUAUGUUUCUAUACUUUCGAUAACAAUAGUGUAAAGACUAUUUAUUCUUUAUUUACUUAAAUGUUUUAGUACAAACAAAAGAGAUUUGUGAGCUGAUGUUGUGUGUGCACUUAUCGUCUGUAACUUGAAUAUCUUUUGAAUGUAUUUGAUAACAGCAGAUAUGUCCAUACAUGUACAUUGAAUUACGUGAUGAGUUUUAUUGCAUCGCACCACAAAGGGAAGUCUGCUACUUUACAUUGAAAAUGAGAAGUAUGCAAUGAAAUGUGUCAUGUUAACUUUUUAUAAAAAAAUAACAAAAAUAUGAAAAGAGUAAAAAAAGUUACAAUCUUUAAAAAAAAGUCAAAAACACUGGUUCCAAGUGUUGAGUUGUACUUUCAGGAAUUUCAGAUGCUGUUCUCAGAAAAUAAAAUAUCAAUAAAACAAUUGAUAUGA